AUUAAAAAAACAACUCUACUUGUUUUAAUUUACAAAGUCCAUUAGAUACAUUAAUCCUAGAGUCCUAUAUAUGAUAAUGUACUUUUGAGAAGUCCCAUACGAAAAAAGGGAGAGCUAAUAAUAGUCAUAAAAAAGAAGAAGAUUAAACUAUUGUUUUUGCCGGCGUUAGAUCAUAAAUGGCUUACACUAACAAAGUUUCCGCGGCAACAACGGUACUGUUCCUAGCGGUUAUGAUCGCUCCCCGGUGGACGGAGGCACAGUCAAUGCCAAAACUGGAUCCAGUGUGCACGUUGCUGAUCUCUGACAUAGUCCAAAUUUGCUACUUAUCGGGGAAUUUGGUGCCAUCUGAAGAAUGCUGCACGGAUCUCAAAUCGGCCAGCAAUAAGCAAGUGACUUGUCUCUGCGACAAUUUGAUUGCACAUCCUUCUAACACCAACCUCACGCACGCUCUCUUCGAGGUAGUCCACACCACAUGUGGCGUUUCCGACAAAUUCACCUGCAAAGACAAUCAAAUGGCUUACACUAACAAAGUUUCAGCGGUUGCAGUGGUUUUAUUUCUAGCGGUAGCGAUUGUUCCGGGUUUGGCUGAGCCACAGUCAUCGAUGUUUCCAAAGAUGGAUCCUAUAUGUGCCACGGUGAUGCCUGACCUCCUCGAAAAGUGUUUCGCAACCGUUAGAGAAACGCCAACGGACGAUUGCUGCAACGAUCUUAAAUCCGCGACCACAACGCAAGUCACUUGCCUUUGCGAUAAUUACAUUGCGAACCCGGCGAUUGUGAACAUCACGGGACCUUACUCCGCAGGAAUCACAACCAAAUGUGGCGUUUUUGACAAAUACUCUUGCGACGGUACUAGUAAUGGUACGUAUACAUAA